AUGGAAGAGGCGGCAGUGAACCUCCACGACCCGAACGUCACGUUCGAGGAGUACCUCUACUGGGCCAGUGUCACACGCGCCGAGGAGAGCCUGGCCAACGAGCGUUUCUUACAGGCCCAGGGCCCUUUGACGUUGAAGAGGGUGAUCAAGGACCGGUUCAGGAAGGGCGAUGAGCAUGAAGUGUUCCAGAGCGAGGGCGGGAACGCGGGCGCGGGCAAUGGUGAGAAGGCCGGCGGCGAUAGCGACAAGGCUCUGCAACCCGCGAGGGAGGGCGACGGCGGCGCAGUCACGCCCGAGGAGUGGAAGAGGGCCAGCCGGGCGAUGAGGACCGCGGGGUGGGGGGCGAUAUUCUACCUCAUUACGACGGAUAUCCUGGGUCCGUUUUCAACGCCAUGGGCCUUUGCGCAGAUGGGCUACGGGCCCGGCAUCGCGCUAUUUACCGUCUUCGGCGUCAUGUCAUUCUACUCCGGCUGGCUCCUCUACAAGUCCUUCCUAGGGCUCGAUUCGGACCGGUACCCGCUGAAGGGCUACGGCGACUUAUACUUCCGCGUCUUCGGGGCCGCCGCGCGGCACGCCGUCAACUUCGCCCAGGCCCUGCAGCUUCUGCUGUUCGUCGGCGUGCUGAUCCUCGCCAAUGGGCAGUCCAUCUCGCAGAUCUCCAAGGGCCCCAACGGCGGCGCGGGCAUCUGCUUCGUCGCGUGUCUGGUCAUCUUUGUUGCGGCCGGGUUCGUGUUGGGGCAGGUGAGGACGUUGCAGCGGUUCUCGUGGGCUGCCAAUGUUGCCGUUUGGUUCAAUUUGUUGAUCAUCUUCAUUUGCAUGGGCGUCGUGGCGCACUCCCCGCCAAACUUCGCCGCGACACAGGCCUCCUUCGGAGAUGCCUUCGGCCCCGGACCUGUGGUGACCUACGCCGGCACCCCACCUCCCGGCAAAGCCUCGGGCGGCUCCGGGUUCCUGGGGUCGAUGAACGGACUCAACCAGGCCGUGUACUCGUACGGCGGGUGUCUUAUCUUCGCGGCCUUCAUGGCGGAGAUGCGGCACCCGAUGGACUUCUGGAAGGCUCUGCUGUGCGGCGAGGUCUUCAUCUACCUGUGUUACCUCAUCUUCGGCCUGUACGUUUACUCGUACCAGGGGCAGUACGCCUUCAACCCCGUCAUGCAGGGCCUGUCGCCGUACUGGUGGCAGACGGCGACCAACAUCCUGGGGCUGGUGACAGGGUUGAUCGCGGCCGGGCUGUACGGCAACAUCGGGAUGAAGGUGCUCUACGUCGAGCUACUGCAGGAUGUCUUCGGGGCCCCCCCGCUGACGGAGACUGCGGGCAAGGCGCUGUGGGCGGUCGCGAUCCCCGUCUACUGGGCGCUCGCUUUCCUCGUGGGCGCCGCCGUGCCGCAGUUCUCGCUCGUAUCGGGCUUUAUCGGCGCGCUGUUCAUCCUGAGCUUUACCUACACGCUGCCGGCGCUGCUGGGGCUCGGUUUCUGGAUCAGGAAGGACGCGAUGGUGCCCGAGGAGGAAACGUUCGACCCCGCGACGGGGCGGUACGUGUACAUCGACGGCGGGUUCCGGCGGUACUGGAGGGGUUUCAUGAAGAGGCCCGUGUUCAACACGUGGAACGCAGUCUACAUGUUAGGCGGGCUGGUGACGACGGCGCUGGGCAUGUAUUCGUCUAUUGAGGGGCUGAUUGAGGCGUUCAACGGCAAGUCUCAGGCUACGAGCUUCGGGUGUAGUAGUCCGGUGUAA